AAUGUUAUCUAUGAUGCUGCAGGUUUGUGUUUAGAUUCCAGUGGAGAGGCGCCCUGUUCUGCCCAAUUUUGCAAGGAGUGUUGCUCUGCAGUGCGAAAAGGGAAGACACCACCGUUGGCUCUAGCCAAUCAUAAUUAUGUUGGUGCAGUCCCUUCUGUAUUGCAAGGACUGACGAUAGCUGAGGAGAUGAUGAUUUCAAAGUGUCGAGCUAAAUGCUUCAUUUUGCACUUACGAGAGGAGGCGGUCAACAUUCCAAACGCACAACGUGGCCUUAAAGGUAACAUCAUUAUAUUUCCACAGCGAACAUCAUCCAUUCUGGAUAUCCUUCCUCCUGCUUUGGAGGAUGUUGUGACCCCCAUUUGUGUGUUGUUUGUAGGUUCUUGUCCACCAACACAGGAGUGGUUGAGGAAAAAUGCUCGACCUCUUAUUGUGAGAAGAGAGAAAAUUAGGAGUGCCCUGAUGUGGUUGCAGGAACAUAAUGACCUGUAUCGUGAUGUCAAUAUUGAUUCGCAGAGAUUGGCUUCUCUGAGCGAAGAGGAUGUUCUUCCU